UUGUCAGUGUCACUUCCAUGUUGCAAUUUAUCGCUAAAUUAAUAAUAACGUAACCGGCAAAUAUUUGUCUCACAUUUAAGAGUGAAUUUUAUACUAUAAGUAACAAAUAGCAACAAAAAAAUGGUUUUAGCCCACGAUAUUAAUGAAGGGCAUCGUACACAAGAUGUUCGUAUCAGUCAAGACAUUACUUUCGAUUCAAUGUUGCUUAGAACUCGCACGUUACAAGGAUUGAAUGAUUCUGGAUUUCAUAGGCCAUCACCGAUUCAGCUUCAUGGUAUACCUCUAGGAAAAUGUGGAUUUGAUUUAUUAUUAGAAGCCAAAUCUGGAACGGGAAAGACAGCAGUUUUUUCUGUGAUAGCAUUAGAAAAGAUAGAUGUCAAUAAGGGUUUGCAAGUGGUGAUAUUAGCUCCAACAAGAGAGAUAGCAAUGCAGAUCCAUGAUGUUAUAAAACAAAUAGGUGUAAGAUAUGAAGGUCUCUGUGUUGAGGUUGUAAUGGGUGGCCUUCCUGUAUUGGAUGAUGUAGAGAAAUUUAAAAAGAUUGUCCAUAUUGCAGUAGGUAGUCCGGGAAGAUUAAAACAUUUGAUACAAGAUAAAUACAUUGUUACCACCUCAGUUAGAUUGUUGGUUCUAGAUGAAGCAGAUAAACUAAUGGAAAAAAGCUUUGAGGCCGAUAUAAAGUAUAUUCACUCGGUUUUACCACAGCAGAAACAGGUGAUAAUGAGCAGUGCAACAUUUACAGAGAUUUCAAAGAAUUUUAUUAAAAAUUAUGUUCAAAAUGCACAACAUAUAUGCCCAGACAGCACUAAUGUUCUUUUAGGAAUAGAGCAAAGGGUAACUUUGGUUAAGUAUAGUAGUAAUAUUGUUAAACAAACACAAUAUAAAUUUGUGGAAUUAAUAAAGAUAUUGUCAAACAGACAGUUCAAACAAUGUCUUAUAUUCUGUAACUAUCAAGCUAGGGUUGUUGAGUUACAUAAAAUGUUGAAUAAAGAAAAGUGGCCAGCGGGGCAGCUGUAUGGACAACAACAACAAAUUGAAAGAUUGGAUGCUUUAAAAAUAUUACAAGAAUAUAAAUGUAGGUUGUUGAUUGCAACUGAUCUUGCAGCUCGAGGAAUUGAUGCUUCAAAUGUUGAUUUAGUUAUUAAUUUUGAAACUCCUUGCAAUUGGGAAACUUAUUUACACAGAAUUGGAAGAGCAGGCAGAUUUGGUUCGUAUGGCCUUGCUAUUACAAUAUUAAGUGAGGGAGCUGAACAUAAUAAUUUCAAAUCUUUAAUAGAAUCUCUUAAAUUACCUUUUCUUUUAAAAGAUUUUUGGUCAAGCACACCAUUUUGUAUUAAGACUGUACCUGAACAGUGUGAUACUCCAGAUACAGAUAAUCCGGAUUUAAAUAAUAAGAUUGUUUCAAAAGCUAUUGAAGACGUAAAAUAUUCGAAAUUGUGGGAAACAUUAAAUAGUAAUGGAAAAAGUACAGAGGUAGAAAGCUUUGGUAAUCUAUGUGAAUCAUUCACAGAACCUGAUAAUAAAAUUGAUUUAUUCAAUGAUUUGAUACAAUCAUUUAAACAAAAUGAAGUAAAUACUGAUAGUGAAAGCGUUAAUUUUACGCAAUUGAAUCUUUUAAAAUUGCCAGACAAAAGUCACUGUAUACAAGAAUUACAGGAAAAGACUAGUAUAAGCUUAGUCAAUAAAAAUGAUAAGGUGAAAGAAUUUAAAAGACAUAAUGGGAACUCACAAACAGGGACAGAAUGUAGUAAAAUAAUUUUAAACCAGAAAGAUAAUCAUCACCGAAACCCUGAUAAUAAAUAUUCUACAAGAGAUAACAGUGUGAAUAGUAAUUUAAAAAAUGGUAAUAAAAGUUCAACUAAUAGUUCUAAAGCUAAUUCACCAGUAACAAAUCAUAACUAUGAUUUGAACAGUAAUGCCACAAACUGUUAUGAUGAAGCUAUUGCUAACAAUUAUGAAAAAGAGGUUGAAAAUAUGAGUCAGCGGUUAGCCGAUUUUAUGUUACCGUCUUCAUUUUCAAGCUCAAAACAGUCGCGAAAACAUUUAAUACAUUCAGAUAAUGCAAAUGAAGGUGAUAAUAAAUGUGAUAAGAGAACAAGAGAUCGACAACACAAUAAAACAAAAUUUAGUUCUACAAUUAAAACUAACGAAAAAUUAAAUCAUCAUCAAGAAAAUAAAAAUAAGGUAACAAGUGAAGUUUUAAGAGACAGUGAUACCAGUGAGGAAGAAGAAAAUCAUAUCACCCAAUUAGAUUCAAGAAAAUCCAGGCAAAAUUCUCACCAUAGACAUAAAAUGUAUGAUGAAAAAAGGCAAGCUCCAUCUACAUCUAAAAGUAAGAACAAAUCCAAACAAACAAAAACCUGCCAGUCUCAAAAUAUAUAUAAGCCUCAAAACACAAAGGAAUAUGAUAAUAAAAAAUACAUUGAAUGGUACAAUUCAUUAAAAUUACAGGUGAGACAAAUAGAGCAGAUUAUUUAUUUGAACGAAAUAAGC